AUGGAGUUAAUGAACAAUGGAUUUGAGGGACUCGGGGGUGGAGACUCAAUGAUGCAGACCAAGACCAGGAUCCACAGGUUCUCCCAUUCCCAUCGGCUGAGUGGGGUCGGUGGUCCAGACAACAGGAUGCAUAUGUUCCCUCAUCACCUGAGAGGGCUGGGUGGCCCGGACGGGCGCUACGUGGUGCCGAGUGUGGUGGCCAUCGGCCCGUAUCACCAUGGCAAGCCACACCUGCAAGCUAUGGAGGAGGUCAAGCAAGCAGCGGUCCAGAAGUUCUGCUUGGGCCUGGCGGGCCUCUCGGUCGAUGAUGUCUACGCGAAAAUCCUCUCAAUCGCUAGUCAUGCCCGCAGCUGCUACACCACCACAUCGAUCGCAACACCAACACUUUUGCAGAGCCUGCAGAGCAAGGAUAAUGACUUCGCGGAGAUGAUGUUGCGGGACGGUUGCUUCCUUCUGUGCUUCAUGUACCACCGUGGCCGUGGGUUCUUAACGGGAUGCACGCUGUCAUCCGGGCCUAGCAUCCUCAAGGACAUGUUCCUGCUCGAGAACCAGAUUCCAAUGUUGGUGCUUGCGGCUCUUAUGGAAUUUCUGCCCGAGGACAUGAGAAAGCAUAUUGCUCAAUUUGUUGAAACUUUUUGGCCCUGUCUCAUUGAAACAACCGAAACAACGAAGGUCGUCCCGUUGUGGAUCAUGAGGUUCCUGAAAUGUGGACGCACUCCUGAAGAGAAGAUGGAUACUGAUGAGAGCAGCAUCGGCCAUGGCGACCCCAAGCUGCCGGCGCCGCAUCUCCUAAGCCUCCUCCGGUUCGCUAUGAUACGCCGCAUGCCACCUCAAAAGAGAGAGAGCAGUUUAAAACCUCCCUCCUCGUCCUCGCUGAUGAUCAGUGCUGUGGCUCUCGCAGAGAAAGGCAUCAAGCUGGCCGUUAACACGACCAAGUUAUUUGCAGCGGACAUGAGCGUUCAGAAGAAGCCCUUUUCCUGCGAGCUAUCCCUGUCUCCGCUGUUCUUGAAUGACGUCAACGCCUGCUGGCUCGUCAACUUGGUAGCGCUGGAGGCGAUUGAGGCUACCACCGCCUCGAGGAUCAAUAAAGAUGGCUACGUCGUGAGCUCGUACCUGUCGUUGCUGGCGAUGCUCCUGAACAAGGAGGAGGAUGUGCACAAGCUUCAGCGCAGAAGCGUGCUAAGCACCAAUUUCAGCAAUGCGGACACGCUGGCCUUCUUCAAGGGCCUCAGUAAGCACCUUCGCCUGGGCUAUAACUACUUCAACACGUUGAAUGGUAUUGAAGACUACAUGCGCCAGAGGGCGCUGUGGGUCGCUGUCCACAAGUUCUUCUACAAUCACGGCGACAAGCUUAAGGUCGCCGCAGCCGUCCUAUCUGCUAUCAGUGUGCUCGUCGGCAUCUUCAGGGCAUUUUAUCCGGCCAAGCAAUCCUAG